AUGACUACAGAUAUUACAGCCCACUCCACAGAUCCCCCAGUAUUCUUUGCCAGAAAUAGUCCCCCUGAACUGUCAACCUACCUGCCAAAAUCAUCAUCAACCCCUUCUAAAACAUAUUCAACACCACUACCUUCAUCACCAGAAUCCCUACCUCGAACAUUUACUAGUCCUUCUCAUAGAGCGCUCUCUUCUUCCUUUGAUCAGGACUUGAGGCUUCUAAACGACGAACAUGAUCAUGAACUUGAGACAGAGGACGAGGAAGAUGCCUCCUUCGAAUAUCUGACUUCAGGCGUCGGGAACAGCCUUCCAUUGACGCCAUUCUCAAAUCAAGUCGGCGGCCACACUCCAGUACUGCGGUUUUCAGAAAGAGCCAUUUGCAAACCUCUAGAUCCAAUGGAACAGACGUUUUACGAACUAGUAGAAGCAAUGCACCCAGAGCUGCAACAAUAUACUUGUACUUAUCUAGGUGUUGUCAAUGUCAACUACUCUACAAUACACGGAGAAGGUCCAGCUGGCCAGGAAUGGUGGCUGGAAGGAACUCCGGUAGUCUUGCUCGAACAGAAUCGUCACUUGCUACUAGAUCAGCCGCAAAUACCAUAUCACGAGCGUACAGCUAGUGACCCAACUGGAAACUCGAUCGCAUCUAGCACAAACUCGUCGGACGAAUCCAUAAAUCUCUUUCGUAUAAACAAUCGUAGACUUCAGCAGGGAGAGUUGUUUCGAGAAGCACUCUCGCCAAAGAGUUUACGAGCUCGUUUUGCUCAAUUGAAAUCAACUGUAGGUGCUAUGAAACGGAGGCACUCUAUCAGUGGCUUGAAAGAUGCUGAUGGCUCGUCCAGUAAACUGGUAUUACCAACCAACGAGAAUACUACUAUGCCAUCUACACCGACUCAAAAACCGAAAUCGAUUAUAGCGACUCCCCCUGUUAUUGCUGAUCGGGCAUCAUCUGAUUCGUUGACUCCCAUCUUCCAGAUGGAUAAUGACGAGGCAGAUGUAAAACCAGAUUCCACAUAUAAAAGCCGUAGAAAGGGCCAUACUCGAACAAAUAGUUAUGGUGCUACCAGUACACUAGGUCGACAAUCAUAUACUCCAUCGCCAUCAUCAACGUCAACACCAUCAAAAUCUGAACCUGAACUGCCGCCCGCAACAAACGCCAACAUGAAUCCAUGGUCGCUGCAAUGCUAUAUAAACGUAUUGAAGAGUCCACGUCAGCUAGAUACUCCGCAGAAAUUUCUAUUAUUGGGAGACUUGACAGAGGGUAUGAAGAGGCCAUGCAUUUUGGAUUUGAAGAUGGGAAGAAGACAACAUGGUGUCAGGGCGACUUUGGCCAAGGCUCGCAGUCAAGAAAAGAAGUGUGAACGUAGCACUAGUAAGGAGCUGGGAGUCCGCAUCUGCGGCAUGCAGGUCUGGAAGACAGACAGUCAAACAUACAUGUAUUUAGACAAAUAUGCAGGUCGCCAAAUCAACACCACUAAUUUUAAGUCAUCCUUACUCGGCUUUCUGGACUCUGGCGACUAUUAUCUCGUUGGCCAUAUACCCACACUCAUUGCUAAACUUACCAAACUCCAUAAAAUAAUUCAAACACUCCCACAUUACCGCUUCUACGCCUCUUCGCUACUCAUGAUUUAUGAUGGCGCGUGGCUUGAAGAAUCAUCAUCGUUACCAAACAAGCCCCGAGAAGUAGAUGUGAGAAUGAUUGACUUUGCACAUUUUGUGCCAAAAGCCCAUCUUCUUGUGUCUGAACAAGAACCAUCAACGCCACCAGGCUGCACUCGAGUGCCAUUCCCACCAACAUCAAAAGGCGCAGAUAGCGGAUACUCAUUAGGUCUAUCGUCUCUAAUUGGAUGUCUAACCGAAAUAUAUGAUGAUUUUACGCAUGGUGAUGGUAUCAAUACUACAACUAAUUCUAAUACUCGAACGUCAUUUGGCCAUGUCAGAAAGGAAACACUUUCAAGUAGACGUAGGGCCAGUGUAGAACUUGGCGUAAAGCUGGUGGAAUCUGACAUCAACAUGCAAAUACCUUCGCUUGAAGUCGAAGGACUCUCAUCAACAUAG